AUGACCAUGACCGCCACAAAGGCAAUCGUGGCCCGGGAGCCAACAGAGCCCCACCAGGUGAACUGGUCGCUCGAGGACGUGGAUGUUGGCAUGCCCGGAGAAGGGGCUGGUAUCGUCCGCUGUGUAGGCCCCAAUACUAGCUCUGUCAUGGUGGGCGAUCCUGUGCUACUGUCAUACCACUCAUGCGGCUCAUGCAAACAAUGUCUCGACUCCCAUCCUGCCUACUGUGAUACUUUUGCACCCGAAAACUACAUUGGCCACAAGGGAUCGAUGAGCAUUCAAGAUACCGGGGAUAUGAUAGCUUCUCGCUUCUUCGGCCAGUCGAGCUUAGCACGAUAUAGCGUUGUGAGCGAAAGAAGUAUCGUCAACGUCAAGGGAAUACUGCGUGAUCAAGAGGAGCUUAAACUGUUUGCUCCGCUUGGCUGUGGCUUUCAAACUGGCAUGGGCGCUAUCUGUAACACCUCAAAUGCUGGGCCUAAAGAUACUGUGAUGAUCUUGGGUCUGGGUGCUGUGGGAAUGGGAGCACUUAUGACGGCCAAGAUAUAUAAUUGUGCGGCCAUAAUUGUGGUAGACAGAAUCGAGUCCCGGCUGCAACUGGCCAAAACUCUCGGUGCUAGCCAUACGAUCAACACGAGCGCCUCGGAUUAUAAUACACUGAAAGAAUCGGCUUCGGACUUGGUUCCGAGCGGAGUAUCAGUAGUGAUUGAUACCACAGGCGUACCCAGUCUCAUAGAAGACUCACUGCGAUGUACACGAAAAUUAGGAAAGUUGGUUCUGAUUGGCGUCCCACCCAUGGGGUAUGGGCUGAAUAUCGACGUUGCAGAGCACAUAAACAGCAUUCCACAAAUGAUCAAAUGGUAUAGAGAGGGCCGAUUUCCUAUUGAGCGUUUGGUCCAGUAUUUCAAGGUUCGUGACUCAAUCCUUCCGGACUUUGAAUAUGAAGUCAAAAAGCCGCCUCAAUGCGAAGUGCAUAUUCUAAUUAUGUAUACCCUUCAGGCGCCCGAAUUUCAAGAUGCCCUCUCACAGCUCAAGGAAGGGACAGUAAUCAAGCCGGUAUUGUCGUGGGAUUAG